AUGAGUCUCUGUGGGGAGAGAUAGGAGGGGACCACUGCCUCUGAAAUGAGUCUCUCUGGGGAGAGCGAGAAGAGAGGCACUGCCUCUAAGAGGAAGUAUUCUGACCGAGAGGAGGGGGCCACACCCUCUAAAAAGAGUCUGCCUCAAGACACCAGUUCUAAGAGUGUCCAGAAGCCCAGAGCAGAGUCACCUACACCCAGCCUGCUAUCAAUGAAGAGUAAUCAGUCAAUGGGUAAUCCACCUACUUUCAGCCAGGAACCAUUACCAGAUGACAAUAAGGAAGUGGAGAGUUUGGACAGUGAGGAUGCAUUAAAGAUCACACACAACCUUCUGGACAGAAGAAGUCAAACUCUGCUGACAGUCCAACAAGACAUUAAGGCUAAACUGAAACACAAGUAUCAACACAUAUCUGAAGGAAUUGGACACCAUGGAAACCAAAGUCUGUUCAAGGACAUCUACACAGAGCUCUACAUCACAGAGGGUGGAAGUGGAGGGCUCAAUAAUGAACAUGAGGUGAGACAGAUAGAGAUGGCAUCCAAGAAACAAACCACACAAGAGACACCAAUCAAAUGCAACGACAUCUUCAAGCCUUUACCUGGACAAGACAAACCUAUCAGAACUGUGCUGACAAAAGGAAUCGCUGGCAUUGGAAAAACAGUCUCUGUGCAGAAGGUCAUCCUUGACUGGGCAGAGGGAAAAGCAAAUCAGGACGUUCAUUUCAUGUUUCCUCUUCCUUUCCGUGAUCUGAACCUGAAAAAGGACCAAUACAGUCUGAUGCAACUUCUUUCCUAUUACUUCCCAGAGCUGAAAGAGAUUGACAGCAUUGAAGAUGGUGAAACCAAAACUGUUUUCAUUUUUGAUGGUCUGGAUGAGUCUCGACUUCCUCUAGACUUCAAAAACAAGGAGAAGUGCUGUGAUGUCACGAACCCAACCUCAGUGGACGUGCUGCUGACAAACCUCAUCGAGGGGAAUCUGCUUCCCUCUGCUCUCCUCUGGAUAACCACACGACCUGCAGCAGCCAAUCAGAUCCCUCCUGAUUGUAUUAACCGGGUGACAGAGGUACGAGGGUUCAAUGAUCCACAGAAGGAGGAGUACUUCAGGAAGAAAAUCAUAGAUCAGAAUCUUGCCAAUGAUAUCAUCAAACACAUGAAGACAUCAAGGAGCCUCCACAUCAUGUGCCACAUGCCAGUCUUCUGUUGGAUAUCAGCCACUGUCCUUGAGAUGAUACUGAAAGAGGCAUGGAAGGAUGAAGUCCCCAAAACUCUGACCCAGAUGUACUCACACUUCAUACUCAUCCAAACCAUUGUGAAGAACAGGAAGUACAACAAAGCCUCAGAGACAAACCCAAAGGAACUGUCUCAGUCAGACAAAGAGAUGAUCCUGAAACUGGCAAAGCUGGCUUUCCAACAGCUGCAGAAGGGCAACCUGAUCUUCUAUGAGGAGGACCUGAGAGAGUGUGGCCUUGAUGUCACAGAGGCAUCAGAGUACUCAGCGUUGUGUACAGAGAUCUUUAAAGAAGAAUCUGGGCUGUACCAAGACAAGGUCUACAGCUUUGUGCAUCUGAGCAUUCAGGAGUUUCUAGCAGCAGUGCAUGCUUUAGAAUCAUGUCUGGACAAGAAGGAAAAUGUUUUCUCCCCCACUAGUGAUGAUGAAGAAGAUGAGGAGGAGAAGGAUGAUGAAGAGGAGGAGUCAAUCCAGUUGUCUGACUUACACAGGAGAGCAGUGGACCAGGCCUUGAAGAGUAAGAAUGGACACCUGGACCUGUUCCUCCGCUUCCUUCUGGGUCUCUCACUGGAGUCCAAUCAGAAUCUGUUACGAGGCCUUCUGACACAGACAGGAAGUACAACACAGACCAAUGAGGAAACAGUUGAGAGAACAGUCAGGUACCUUUCAGACAAGAUCGUGGAGGAAUCCUCACCAGAAAGGAUCAUCAACUUGUUCCACUGUCUGAAUGAACUUGGUUCCAACUCUCUAGUUGAAGACAUGCAGACCUCGCUUCGAUCAGGAACUCUUUCAGAAACAAUACUAAAACCUGACCAAUGUUCAGCCCUGGCCUACCUGUUACUGAUGUCAGAGGAGGUGCUGGAGGAGUUUGACCUGAAGACAUACAACACAUCAGAGGAAGGUUAUCAGAGGUUGCUGCCCGUAGUGAAAACCUGCAAGAGAGCACUACUGGAUGGCUGUGAACUCACAUAUAAAUCGUGUGAGACUCUGGCCUCAGCUCUGCAGACACCAAACUCCCCCCUGAGAGAACUGGACCUCAGCUACAAUGACCUGAGAGACAGAGGAGUGGAGCUGCUCUGUGUUGGACUAACCAGCCCACUCUGCAACAUACAGACACUAGAACUUCAUGGCUGUAAAGUCACAUAUAAAUCAUGUGAGACUCUGGCCUCAGCUCUGCAGACACCAAACUCCCCCCUGAGAGACCUGGACCUCAGCUACAAUGACCUGGGAGACAGAGGAGUGGAGCUGCUCUGUGUUGGACUAACCAGCCCACUCUGCAACAUACAGACACUAGUUCUGGGUCAGUGUGGUCUGACAGAGGGUUGCUGUUCACAUCUGGCCUCAGUCCUGAGUUCACCCAACUCACAACUGAAACAACUGGAGCUGAGAGACAAUGACCUGCAGGACUCAGGAGUUACACUGCUGUCUGCUGGACUGGAGGAUCCAGACUGUAAACUACACACACUGGGGCUGUCUGGCUGUCUGGUCACAGAGGAGGGCUGUGCUGCUCUGUCUUCAGCUCUGAGGUCAAACCCCUCCCACCUGAAAGAGCUGGACCUGAGCUACAAUCACCCAGGAGACUCUGCAGGAGGACUGCUUUCAGCUGCUCUGGUGGAUCCCACAUAUAAACUGUUGAAGCUGAAUGUGGAUCAUGGUGAAGAGUGCAGGCUGAAAUCAGGGCUGAGGAAAUAUGCCUGUCAUCUCACCCUGGACCCAAAUACAGCAAACCCAAACCUGAUACUGUCUGAGGGGAACAGGAAGGUGACACGGGUGAAAGAGGAGCAGCAUUAUGAAGAGCAUCCAGACAGAUUUGACGCAUAUCCCCAAGUUCUCUGCAGAGAAGGCUUAUCUGGAUCUCGUUAUUACUGGGAGGUGGAGAGGGGUGGUGACAUGGCUGACAUUGGUUUGGUGUACGAAGGACUGAUGAGGAAGGGAGGGGAGGAAGACAGUUUGAUUGGAGGCAAUAGGAAGUCCUGGUGUUUAUUCUGCUCUGAUAGAGGUUAUGACCUUUACCAUCCUGGAGUCAGUGUCAGAAUAUCCAUCUCUGAUCCUGUUCCUAACAGAGUUGGAGUGUAUCUGGACUGGCCAGCUGGUACUUUGACCUUCUAUAGUGUGUCCUCCUCUGGUACACUGACACACCUUUACACAGAACACACCACAUUCACUGAACCCCUCUAUCCUGGGUUUGGGGUUUACUCCUCAGUGACCCUGUGUCAGAUAGAUGACCAACACAUUCAGAGAGACCAUGGUGGAGAGUGCUGUAUCAAGCCUGGACCUGAGGACACCAGAGACCACAGUGGAGAGUGCUGUAUCAAGCCUGGACCUGAGAAAUUGAUUCCUCAGAGCUGUAAGACUUGUGACCAUGUUGAGGACUCCACACACUGGCUUCAGAUUGAACCCUUGACUUCCACUGUCCAGGGAGUGACAAUGUUCAGACACAGGACACCCAAAGGGAGUUAUGAGUGCACAGUGUCUGGGCUCCGCUGGCUGUGUGAGAGAGAUGUCAUUCUGAAGUAUCACUUCAGGAACUGGGAUCCCUACAGUCAACUUCUGAAAGACAUGCAGUACACACAAGGUGGUCCAUUGCUGGACAUCACUAUGGAGUUAGGUGAACUGGAGGAAGUUCAUCUGCCACACUUUGUCUGUUUAGGGAACAACCCUUCCCUGAGGAAUGAGAUGAAGAUUCUUCAUGUAGAGGAACAUGGAGUGUCUUUAGAGGAAGUGCAUGAGGUCAACAGAUUCCAUGCUAAGAUUCUCCAUCCCAAGUUCUCAGCUAUCUCUCUGAUACUGAGAUUACUGUCUUGGAACGUAGACGUCCACUGUGAGCUGAUGCUCUAUCUGACAGUGAUGAAGGAAACACUAAUUUCUCGCCUAUACCUGUUCCCCUGGAACCCCGGCCAAAUACAGGCUGUGGAACAACAGGAGUCAAAGUUUCAAGGGUCUAAAAGGUUUCCCAUCACAAGACCAGAGCAGUCCUUCAAACUAUAUAGUUCCAUCAGAUUGAACAUUCCCUGUUCUACCUCCAUCAAUCCACAGAAGAUUCAUUUCAUACAAAGAGACACCACACCAAGCUUUUUCAAGGCGGUUGUGAAAAUGACAGGGAUUGACAUUGAGAUGGAGUUAUUCAGUGAUGAUGAGAGGACAGUAUGGAAAGAAAAUGUACCAAAAGAUGAGUACAUCACUGACACCCGUUCAACAAGUGCUGUAUCGGGGGCAGGGGGUCCGGCUGAGAGCAGUCUGACUGGUUCUGCAGAGCACCAGCUGCUUUCUGUACGGACAGAGUUUGUGAAACGAGUAUCAGGACCUGUCCUGAAUGAACUGCUGGACGGACUCCGGCAACACACAGUCAUCAACCAGGAGGACAUGGAGUCAGUGAAGGUGAUCGCUGAGAGGGCAGAGAAGGCACGUGACAUCAUCGACAUGGUGUUGAGAAAAGGAACGGAGUCAUGUUCCAGGAUGAUCAACCUUCUUGGGGAGCUGGACCCUUAUCUUUGUUCACAGCUUCAGAUCAACAGUGUUGGGGUACCAACCUAAUGGUAGAAUGGACAGUAACAGUGUUGGGGUACCAUCCUAAUGGUAGAAUGGACAGUAACAGUGUUGGGGUACCAACCUAAUGGUAGAAUGGAUAGUAACAGUGUUGGGGUACCAACCUAAUGGUAGAAUGGAUAGUAACAGUGUUGGGGGUACCAACCUAAUGGUAGAAUGGAUAGUAACAGUGUUGGGGUGCCAACCUAAUGGUAGAAUGGAUAGUAACAGUGUUGGGGUCCCAUCCUAAUGGAUAGUAACAGUGUUGGGGUACCAUCCUAAUGGUAUAAUGGAUAGUAACAGUGUUGGGGUACCAACCUAAUGGUAGAAUGGACAGUAACACUCCUACUCAACACCAUGGGGUGUAUUCCCUAGGAAACAGACCUGAUCCUAGAUCAACACCAUGGGGUGUAUUCCCUAGGAAACAGACCUGAUCCUAGAUCAACACCAUGGGGUGUAUUCCCUAGGAAACAGACCUGAUCCUAGAUCAGUCAGGACUCCUACUCAACCAAACUGAAUUUGUCCAAAAUAAACGCUUUUUUGUUGUUGUUGCAAAACGUUAUGCUACGGUGGGUGACUAAUAAAUCCACCCCUGAUCUGUAAUUCUUUGUCAAUAAAUGUUUGUUUCUGGGUA